UUGAUCUGGUUGUUAGCGACAUGCUGAUCUGAGUGGAGUGGUGGACUUGGGACUUAUUUUAUGUUGUCCGUGUUUAUUUAUAUCAUCGGUUUUUCCAAUCUGUAUUUAAUCAAAUUGAUAAACGCCCCCCUCGGCUGUAUCUAUAGCAGUGCUUGUUCCUGUCCUUGAAUGUUCAACUUUUUAUGUAAUGUCAGAAAAUCCUUUGGUGCAAGAAUCAAAGUGUAUUUCGGACCCUCCUGUUUAGAAGUUAUGGGAUUCUUGGAAGCUCCUUUUAGUACAUGACGCCUAUCAGCAAUUCCGGUAUUUCCGUUUAAACGCGAUUUUCUCGAACAAAGAAUUAACAGAGAAAACUCCUUGAAAGAGACAGCCAGAUAAUGGUAUCAUCUAAUCAGCUGAAAUCCAUUUUCAGCCACUAACUUUACACAAAAAUGCCAGCUGUCAUUUACAUGAUCCGAUAAAAAGGAGCAUAAUAUGGUCGGAGAGCAAGGAGAAAGUCAGAGCUCAACCCCACCUCUCCAUCCAUCCCAAUUCACGGCGGAGCCGCUACACCACCAUGCCGGCAGCGGCGGCGGCACUCCGCUCCUCCAUGUGCUUCUCUUCCCCAAAGCCAGCUCCAAGUUUAGAACAACAAAGCAACCACUUAACAGCCAAACCAAAAACUCUCCUCCACAAACACCCACUCUACCAAUCAACCCAUGCAAACAUCUCCUUCCAAUUCAAGGAGAAAAUCCUCUGCCUCGAAAUCAUGGGCGUCGAUUCCGGCCGAGCAUUGGCCCAAAACCCGUCUCUCCACACCGCUUCCCUGCAUUCAAUCCACGCCAUCGUCACCUUUCUCCAAUCCAAAGGCAUCCACCUAAAAGAUUUAGGCAGAAUCUUCGGCAUGUGCCCUACAAUUCUGACUUCAGAUAUCAAAACUGAUCUCAACCCAGUCUUCAAUUUCCUCUCCUAUGAUCUGAGAGUCCCCGAUCAGAAUUUCAGAAAGGUGAUCAACAAAUGCCCACGACUCUUGAUUUCCAGUGUUAGAGACCAGUUGAGGCCAGCCUUAUUCUAUCUCCAAAGACUCGGGUUUACAGAUUUGCACGCAUUAGCUUAUCAAGAUCCCAUCUUACUGGUUUCAAGCGUCGAAAAAACGCUGAUUCCGAAGCUGAAUUUUCUUGUGAGCUUGGGGUUUUGUAGAGCUGAUGCGGUGGAGAUGGUUCUGAGAUGUCCCGGGCUGUUCACAUUCAGCAUUGAGAACAACUUCAAGCCGAAAUUUGAGUACUUUAUGAAGGAAAUGGAGGGUAAAUUGGAGGAGCUGAAGGAAUUUCCUCAGUAUUUCGCUUUUAGUUUGGAGAAUAGGAUAAAGCCUCGACACAUAGAGGCUAUAGAGAGUGGGGUGAAGGUUCCGCUGUCAUUGAUGCUCAAGACCACGGACGAGGAGUUCAGGGAAUUGUUGAUAAGGCAAGAUAUUAGAUGCUACUCGUCAGUAGCCAGGAAAUAGCCCACUUUUCUCCUGCUCUUUUCUUUCUGGAGUUUUUCUUCCUCUCCUUCUUCCUCUUAUUUUCAUGUGUUGUUUUGAACGAGAAAAUCUGUAAAUUGAUAAUAGAUGGAAAGAACUUGGUGCAUCUGUUUGCAA